AUGAGAGAGUUUAGCAUUCAAUCCCCCAACAACGGCACUGUUCUUGCUGCUGCCACGGUUGCCUCCCAUCAAGUGAUCAACUCACACCUGGAGGCUCAAGAACCUCAAAGAGCCCUUGGCAACAUUGAAGCUCUUUUGGAAAGGAUGGAGGUGCGACUCAACGGAAGGUCUGUGCUCAGGGAGGAGAGAAUUAUAACACACAUUGAUGAAACGUCUCAGGCAAUGGAGCAGCUCCUCACAGCACAAAUUGAGGCAAAGACUACACUCGUGGAGGAGAGGAUAAUGGCACACUGGGAUGAAAGGUUUGAGGAGCUCACCAACACCAUCAACAACAUCAACGGGCUCCUCAAUGCAGCUGGCCUUGUUUUCUGUGGUGCUGGUUGCCCCCAUCCUCUUCCAUAG